CGAAGUGGACGGACAGAGCUGUAUUUCGCCUGACCCAACUGUUCGUCUGCCUGUUUUACACGACUACUACUGUUGCUACUACCGACAAUGCCCAUCAUGGUGACUUGUGUGCUAUGUGCGUGCGGGAGUUUGAUGUGGUAUGUCUCCAUGGUGACGGCCUUUAACAAGAACGACAUUUACCGGAAACCGAUUCCUCCCGCCAUGCAACGGGACCGGUCCACCAUUGACGGUCUAAGGGGCCAGGAAUUGUACACAAACGGAACCAUAGACGAAAUCAUAUUAAAGAGCAUGGGCGGAAUCUGGAAUGCAGCUGGAAUUCUCUUCCGGGGAAACAAGAUCCAAUCAGAACUUGACAUGAUGUUACCAAGGAGACGCUUUUUCAGGCUAUACGGUCUGUCACCAAGAUUACAAGGUGCCAGGCGUAAGAAGAGGAAGAGUUUACGGGACGCCACGUUAAGAUGGCCAAAUGCUGUCGUUCCUUAUUCUAUUGUGGACGGGCACUAUGAUGACCGUGAGAUGUUUUGGUUAAACCAUUCCUUGACACAGUGGGAAAAGUACACGUGUAUUAGGUUUAGACAAGCGGGGCCUGAUGAUCGGAAUUACGUCAAGUUCCAGUCUGGUGACGGCUGCUACACCGACGUUGGAAUGGCAGGAGGGGAACAGGUUGUGAAUCUGGAAAGACCAACAUGUCGCUGGAAAGCAAUUUACCUGCAUAUGUUGGGUCACGUGCUUGGUCUGGUACACGAGCACCAAGUUCCCAAUCGAGACCGAUAUUUGUCCGUCAGUUUGGAGCAUGCGAAUCCGUCUUGGAGACUGUGGUUACAAAAAUACAGCAAAGGUUCAUUGAGCCGCUUCAAAAUACGCUACGAUCCCUUAUCUAUUAUGCACUAUGGCGAAAAGGCUUUUUCCAAAGACGGGCACGCUGUUACAAUGGAACUGAAAAACAAGUCAAGUUCGAUAACUCUGGGUAAAGUAUGGCGACAAGAGUUAUCGUUCAGCGACGUCAAGCUCGUCAACCUCUUGUACAAGUGCCGUGCAAACUGUACCAAAAACAUCACGUGUUCCCGAGGUGGGUUUGUGACGGACGCCUGUCAGUGUCUUUGCCCGGAUGGUACCAGCGAUUGUCAAGUUGGCAAGAAAGCCAAAUCUACUGACCCCAAAGAUGGAGGUAAGAUUGUUCCGUGUGUAAACAGCUUAGGAAACGACUGGCGUUGUUUUGUGUGGGCCAAUCAGGGAGAGUGUAAGCGCAAUCGGGACUGGAUGAAAACACAUUGUCAGAAAAGUUGUCAUAUGUGCACGGCGGACAAAGUCGAGAAAAAAGAACCCAAUCUGUCUUUAGCAGCUGUUGGUCUUUCACUUCGCGUGUGGAAUCACCAUUGGAACAUCACAGAAGAAGACUUGUGUAAAGACCUAGCUUCGGUUGUCAAAUGCAGGGAAUGGGCUGCGCGAGGAGAUUGUUUGACGAACACCGAUUGGAUGAAUCGCUAUUGUCAACGAAGUUGUCUCCUUUGCGACCACCAGAAAAACUAUAGAGGGAAUUGCAUCAACGAUCAUCUGGACGACGGCGAGUGUAAAUUGUGGGCAGUGGAAGGCGAGUGCCAAAUAAACAGAAUUUGGAUGAUGGAAAACUGUCGUAAGGCUUGCCGGGCCUGUAGACCGGACGACCGCAUUUCCUUUGAAAGGAGGGAUUGGGACGUCGCCAACGUUUCUUGCUUAGAUAAGAGUGGUAGCUCCAAGUGUAUGCAGUGGAAGAAAAGAGGAGAGUGUGAGGACAAUGACCGAUGGAUGACCUACAACUGUCGCAAGACAUGUGGCCGAUGUGAAGACGGUGGCUGCAAGAACCUCUAUGCCGACUAUGACUGUGAGAAAUGGAAAACCGAACUGUCUGAGUGUGAAAAACGACCAUCAUGGAUGAGGAAGUUCUGCAAACUUUCAUGUGGACACUGCAAGCCUGGCAAAGGGGAGACAACUCCAAUACCGUACAAGGCCAAAGAGAGCGAUAGCAACGCAAGGACAUCCGAACAAUACAGUGUAAUUCGGCAAACGAGCACCACGGCAGAGUAUGUCGAGCCAUGCAUAGAUAAGUACCAAGAGGCCAGCUGUAAGAGAUGGGCAGCGAUAGGGCAUUGUCAAAUCAACGUCGGUUGGAUGUCAAUCAACUGCCGCAAGUCAUGUGGUUUCUGUAGGGUCGAGAGCGAGUCUCUAACAGCAGGUGAAUGUGUGGACAAUAAUCCCGAUUGUGAUACAUGGGCACGUGGUGGAUAUUGCCAGAUAAACCCCGGCUUAAUGCUGCGCUCUUGUAGGAAAGCCUGUAACAAAUGUCGAGACGGAUGUGUGGACACUAACUCGAUGUGCUCGAUCUGGGGCAACUAUGGUUACUGCUCGAUGACGCCCGGACCCAUGUAUACGCACUGUCCGAAAACUUGUGGCAUCUGUUGAAAGCGAAGCGCUUGCGAAAAUCAACAGGACGAAAAUGACACAAGACUGCAACAUAAUAAAAAUAAAUUAGUUGAUAAUGAUGAUCUAUGCACUGGUACAUUUUAUGAGUAAUUUGAAGAACUCGGUUAUUGUACAAUUUUAUAUUGUGUUUUAAUUUGAGAAUGAACAGAGCUUGGUUUCGAUGAGGGGAAACUUAUUAAUUAUUCAUCCUUUAAUGACGUUAUCAGGUAUAAUUAGGUCAUCAGGUCAUUAUUUAUCAUACAUAUAACACUGCUUUAAAAUUUUGAUAAUUAAAGUGUUCAAGUUAUGUAUAAUUAAAACAACACAUAUAUUUUUCUG